AUGUUUCUCCAUUCGGGCGCCAGCCUGCAUGGGCACGAGUAUUCUAACAAGCCGGCCACAAAUGGCCCCCAACCUGCACGCAGACGGAUCCUGCUCCGAUCCUCGUUAGGCGCAUCAGCGCUCCCACGAACUUCCUUGUCUGCAGAUGAUGCCGGCACCGCAACCCAGCGCAUCAACCGCCGCCUGUCAUUACAGUCACCUUCACCCUCCCCUCGCCCAAGUGUGCGCAGAGACCGACCCGUUUCCGAUCUCCCACUGCGGAAAGACCUUGUUGUGCGCUUUGAGGAGGAGCCCACCGUGGUGCGCCAAGAGACGUACGGGCUUGACGGCGUCAGCGAGGACGAGGGCAGCCUGGUGUCGGAAGUGAGCGACACGAGCACUGUCAUCAGGUCCAAGAGGUCGAGAAGAGCUGCGAGGCAAUGCACAAAUUACCUCCUGGCCUACCCGCCGCCCAAGCUUCGGACAAAGCAACGCCGAUUCGUUCAGAUUCGUCCGCGGCUGCUGCUUCAACUGCAAGAACUAUCUAACGACAAGCGACCGAUGCCGGCCGUUGACGUCCUCCCUUCAAGCAUGAUUGCUGGCACCGUCAUCCUACCCCGCCUCGCACGAAGAUUCCCCAAGAUGUUCAGGGUCAAGGGACAGUUGGGCAUGAACGGCCUCAUUCUGGCCAAGAGCGAGGACUACGAUACCCCCGCUGACGACUCGGACGGUGACGAGAAGGACCUCGACAAGCGGGAUUUGGUGGCCGUCAUCUCACCGGUGGCGCGCAGGGAAGGCGAAAGGAGGGACUCCUCCGACCAGACUGAGAUCGUGCUGGCGGAUGGAUCAGUAUGGACGGCCACCCAGACGAGCAACGGAUCGUACGACUUUGUGCAUGUUGACGAGGCGGGCCAGACGACGACAGCGAGAUGGGUCAGACGGAAUGCUAGGCCGCUAUCCACUGCGACCUGCGCGGCAGCCACGACACCUGCGCCGGCCUCGGAGUACAAGUUCACCUUCAGCAUCCUCGAUCCUGAGCUUCGACGACACCCCGUCAUGGCGACUCUGACACCGACCAACCUCGAGAUCCUUGACAACUACACGACUGUGUCACAGUCGUCUGGUCGCUACCCUCCUACGAGACCCUUUAGCACGGACCUCAGUGGCGACAACGAACCUUGUACCCCUCCGUCGCCAGCCCUCGCAGCGACACAGCGCGAGACCCACCCCGUCGACGAAGCUACGAGAAUCUUGAUCACGGUCACCUCGGUCUGGGUGUCCCUUCGUCACGGCCAAGGCUGGGCCUCGACACCAUCACCGCCGGCUUCGGCCAAUUCUCGUCCCGUGCACUCGCGCACCGUCAGCAGCAACAGCUUAUGCCAGACGCGAGCUUCAACCUUCCCGGUGACGUCAGCAGAAAUGAGCCACAUCACGUCCCCACCUCUGGCGCAGCAACAGGUCUUGGCCCAGCUGGCGCCGGUUAUGCCCAAGAGGACAUUUUCGUCGGGCGCGGCCUUCAUGCAGCGGCGCCAGAGCAAACUGGGCGGCGAGGCGGUCACGACCGACCACGCCACGGAGACGGACGACAUGGGCGGGCUCGAGAAGGUACCCGAGCCCGUGCCUAUCAAGCGGAGUCUAACAAAGAGGAUCCGCGAUUGGGGGCAUCGGCUCGCGUCACGCAAGACGGCAACUGCAUAA